ACUGAAGGAUCUCAGGAAAUUUAGACUUUAGAGGCCCCAUACACAGGCUUGGCCGGCUCUAUCCUUUUUGUCUUAAAAUUAAAAAGAGUACACCACACAAACUACGGCAACCCUUUCAAAAGCCCUAACAUCUUUUCCUGGAAUCUUUGCUCUCUUUUGUUUGUAAUUCUGGGGGUGUUAAAGUUUGGAUUUUUUUUUUUUUGGUUUCUUUAAAAUAAAAUUUGAGGUGAAGGGUUAGAAGAGAUGAAGAAGAGAAGAAGGACGGAUCUGAAAGAAGCGGAGUCAGAGCAGGGGAGCAUUGCCCAGGUCGUCUCUCUCAGAGAUUCCGAUCAAAUUCAGGUAAUGGAUCCAAAAGGAGGGAACUCAUUAGCACUGUUUCCAGCCAAAUUUCCUAUGCGCAUGUGUAUCAGACGAGGAGAGAGAAGAAAAAGGAGAAGAUAUAUGUGCGAGAUUCCUUCGGAUCUCUGCCAGCAAAAUUCCUUCGGAUCUCUGCCAGCAAAGUCCAUGGUGAGGUUCAAGUGCUUCUCGAAGCAGUGGUCAUCCCUCAUCUCUUGUCGAUAUUUUUGCAACCGUAUAUUUAAUACGGUCACACGGCAGCAGCAACCACAUAUGUACAUGUGUUUAGUGGAUGACGGCGGCAAACGUGUGCUGCUAUCAAUAUCAUCAUCAACACCGUCUCCAGACAACAACAACACUUGUUAUGUGGUCGACCAAGAUUUGAGCAUCACAGGGAUGGGAGGCUUCUUCUUAAAUCUUGUCCGUGGCUUGAUGUGUUUCUCUGUAAGAAAAAAGGCAUGCAUCUAUAACCCCUCCACCAGACAGCGCUUGACCUUACCCGCCAUUAAAUCCCACAUCAUUGCUCAACAAGGUGGUGAUCAAAGGAAGGAUAUCCGGUAUUACAUCGGACACGAUCCUUGUAACGAUCAAUACAAAAUAGUCUGCACGGUUGCGAUAUCCUCUGCAUUUUUCGGAAAUGUUAGGUCAGAGCAUUGGGUCUUUGUACUAGAAGCUGGAGGUUCGUGGAAAAAGGUUGUUCGGCCCAAGAAUUACCAUCCUCAUGCUCCUUCCACAGUAGGACACUUUCUCAAUGGAUCGGUAGUAUAUUAUAUGGCCUGGGUUGAUAUGGAAACUUGUGCUGUUGUCAGUUUCGACAUUACUUCUGAAGAGUUGACUACCAUCCUAGUACCUCAGGAGGCCGGGGAUGUGGCUCUGCCUGCAGCUAGGAUGAAGACUGGUCUUAUCGAGUACGGUGGGAAAAUAGCUAUUUUCGAUCAUACCCACCUCCAAGAUAAGUGUUUGGUGGAUUUAUGGGUAUUGAAAGACGCUGGGAAGAUGAAAUGGAAGAAGAAGAGGCUUUUUUUACAGCCUUGUCAAAAGCAUCUAGUCCAUGAACUUACUCUGAUCGUUAAAGGUACAACUCGAGAUGGCAAGGUUAUCUUGGCACCGGUGGAGAUGCAUUCUCAGUUCUUUAUUUUUUUUUACGAUAUGAAAAGCAAUGACCUGAGUAAGGUUGAAAUCAAAGGAGUGCCACACAUUUGGUUUGAUAAGGACUGCUAUUUCGACUUGAAGUACUCUAUGGAUGAGAGUGAGGACGUCAUCUACUUGGACACUUGACCAUUGUGACUUUGUUUGUCUAGCUAAGCUGUUUAAGAACAAUACAACUAAGUUACAUGUUUUUGUUUUUGUCAGGAAUUAAUUUUAUUUUCUAGAUAUGUUAAGGAACGAGCUUAAUCUCUUGCUUAAAUGCUUUUUGCUUCAAGCAGAAUAUAAUCUUUUGUUUCUGGCUGAACAAAGUGUUACUGUUUCUGGUUUGGAUCCAUGUUUGUGUAAUUAAGUUAUUUUGUUACUGUUA